GCUGCCCUCCGUGAGGCGGCCGGGGAGGAUGGCGAGAGUCGGGCAGCGCCUGGCGGGGCUCCCUCGGGCCGCGGGGGCGAGCUGAAGCCCCCCGGUGCCCACCCGCCCCGAGCGGGGAAUGAGAGGCGGCGGUGCGGGGCUGCCGGAGCCCGCCGGGACCCACCAUGAGGGAGCUGGCGAUCGAGAUCGGCAUACGGAUCCUGCUCUUCGGGGUCUUCGUUUUUACAGAAUUUUUGGAUCCAUUCCAGCGGGUUAUCCAGCCAGAAGAGAUCUGGCUGUAUAAAAAUCCUUUGGUGCAAUCAGACAACAUACCUACUCGUCUUAUGUUUGCAAUUUCAUUCCUUACACCACUAGCAGUCAUUUUUGUGGUGAAAAUAAUUCGGCGGACAGACAAGACUGAAAUUAAAGAGGCUUUCUUAGCUGUUUCUUUGGCUCUAGCUCUGAAUGGAGUCUGCACAAAUACUAUUAAAUUAAUAGUGGGAAGACCGCGUCCCGAUUUCUUUUACCGCUGCUUUCCAGAUGGAGUAAUGAACUCUGAAAUGCACUGCACAGGUGAUCCAGAUCUGGUGUCUGAAGGCAGGAAAAGCUUUCCAAGUAUCCACUCUUCCUUUGCAUUUUCAGGCCUUGGCUUUACCACCUUCUACCUAGCUGGAAAGUUGCAUUGCUUCACGGAAAAUGGCCGGGGGAAGAGCUGGCGGCUUUGUGCAGCUAUUCUGCCUCUCUACUGUGCCAUGAUGAUUGCUCUGUCACGUAUGUGUGAUUACAAACACCAUUGGCAAGAUGCUUUCGUUGGAGGGAUCAUUGGCCUCAUUUUUGCUUAUAUUUGCUACAGACAACACUACCCUCCUUUGGGUAAUACAGCUUGUCAUAAAUCUUAUGUCAGCCUGCUAGACCAGAACUCUAUGAAGAAAGAAGAGAGACCUACAGCAGACAAUGCUACUGGCCUGCCUCUAGAGGGAAUAACCGAAGGUCCAGUAUGACUUUGAGAAAUGCAGAAUGAACUUUUAGCCUUCUCACAUUUUCUCCAAGCUGGUCUCUUAACACGGUGUUUCUUACUAUACACAUGAUCUGUGCUUUUUCUUUUAUUUCUUUCCUUUUUAUAAAGAAAAAUGUAACUUUUUUUUUUAAUGCCAUAGUAUCAUUAUACACUUAAAUUUAAAUUUUCAGUUCGUAUUGACUGCUGAAUUGUCUGUUUUCAGUCUACUGCAAACAGGUAGAUUAUUUGGGGGAAGGGAAAAGAACGUUAAAAACAAAUCCAUGUGGAGACUGGUCAGGAGAAUAAUUUUAAGAUGUGGUUGAGGAUAUAGUAGAUCUGGAAACAGAUUUUUUAAAGUACUGAGUAUCUCUUAGAAAGUUGUGGUCGUCUUCAGCACUCAUUGACUUUGGGUGGUGAGUACACACAGCACUUUUCAUCAGAUGUUCAGCGUCUGUUGUAGCCAGACAUUUAUUUGUGUAAUUUAAUAAGUUAGGGCAUCGUCCUUCUGUUUAUCUUGUUGCCUUCUAACAUAAUAAACUCCACAUGCUGGAAGAACUUUGUAUUAAGUUUUGGCAAGGUCAUUCUGAGCUACUAAUGAUCAAGAAGCCAAAAGGUGCAAGUGAUUACAAGAGCCAAGCAUUGUCACAUUAGUAGUUCUUCAGAAUAAUGCUGACAUUCAAGAAAUUCCACACUCUUAAAAUUAUCAGCUUGUGAUAACAUGGAUGUUUGUAGGAUGGAUCAGAAACAUUAGACAUUUUUUGAGAGCUUUUGCAGUAAAUACCAUCAAAACAAAAUGAAAGUAAAGAACACAAUCAACAAGCUGAAGUAUUUAAAACAAAUCAUUAAAAAUCCUAAAAGUUUGAGGAUAAAGAAACUUUUUUUUUUUGUGAAUCUCAGUGUACCAUGCUCAUUCUUGUGUGGUGAUUCACUGUAGCAUUGGUGAUCUGAAGAAAUGCAAAGAUUUUCAUUUGUGGCUUUGGUGCACAACCAUGAAUGCUUGUGGGGGUUUCCAGCUCUGUAGUAUAUCCAGAGGAAUGCUGGAAAUGAUGUUCCACUCAAACCAUUCCACAUUCUCAGCUCCUCAUGUUCUUUCUUGUGCAUGGUGUUUGAAAAGGUUGGCUUGGUACCUGAAUUGAAACUCACCUCAAUCAAAACGGUGUUGGUACAGAGAUUACUAAGUGUAUGACCAAACAACUUUAGUUAAUUUAUUAUUGUUAGGAUCCAGUUCUGUUACAUAUGCACUAUGCAGUAUACAUCACAUUCCUGUGAAAUGAUGUAACUUUGGAUGGCAGAAUGUCAGAUUCCAGAAUCUCUUUUCUUAGGUAUCCUGUGAAAAUACAGGUAGAUGUUCUAGACUGCGUCUUGGCAGUUGAACAUUUCUUAGCAGGGGCUGCUGGUUAAAGCAAGAUAGUGUUGACCAACAACUAUUUUUAUGGUGCUGUAGACUGGAUAAGACUGCUGCCAUAAUUAUAAUUUAUGUGUUCCUGUUGGAAUAUGUAUUGGCCUUGUAGGCAUUUUGUGAUUCAAACAGCUCAAUGUCUUUAUGUGACGCUUGUCAUUUACUUUUGUCGAAGGUAAGCUUUGUAGAUUUUUUUGAGAAGAGCUUUUUCCUGAUUGGCAACACUUGAAUUUUUAUAGAAAACACAUAAAUUAGAGUCCCUUUUAAAAAACUGUAAUAAUUGUGUACAAGAGAAUGCAACCAUACUAUGUAUAGACAUAUGAUAUUUGAAAAUAGCUGUAAAUAGGAAAUGACGUUAAGGAACAGAUUGUAAUAGGCAUGAACCCAGUAGGGUUCAGUAGAAAUUAGGCUUGAUCUACUUGUAAAACUGAUGCCAGUUUGACUGUGUCAGUUACAGGCAGGAUUUUUUACUGACAGCUACAGUACUCUGAGCUCUAGAAUAGAGACAGCCAAACAUAACUCUCUUGCUGGUGUACAUGUGCUAGGUCAGGAUCCUAGCAUAUGUGAAAGAAAAUUGUGCUGGCAUAGCAUUUGCAUUGGAUUUGAAAGAACACUUCUCUAGUGUAAUUGAGGUCUUAUUAUAGAAUACAGUUUAGUGGAGGUUUAUCUUUCUAUGAAGUUUUUAAACCAUCCUAUGGAAUUCUGCAACAGAGAUACCAUUUUCUAUUACUUCAUAUGGGAGGGUUUAAAGAAAGCCCUAGAGUAAGGGUGUUGUCUUUACAUUGUAUAGGGCUUUGCCAUUAGCUUUUUCUUUCAGCAGGAACCCUAGUCUUCCAGGUUAUAUGCAAAUGUUUUAAAAAAAAAAAAAUCAAAAUUAGAAGUUUAAUACCAAUGCAUAGUGUACUUUGCAUGUUUUUAUAUAGAUCUGGCUUAUUCUCAAAAGUGAGUGGGGCCUCCUAACUGUGCUGUUCACAUUCCCAGUAUUUUAAUGGCUUUUGAUACAAAUAAGUGAUUUACUUUGGGAUGGGGAAUGGUUAUACAGCCCUUAAAUGAACAGGGGCUGUUAAAAGAUUGGAAUAUGAAAUGUAAUGCCACAUAAAUACUUACGUUACAAGAGUAAUUGGAGAACUUUGCAAAGCGGUAAAGAAUAACAUUUUUAAUGGGAAUAAUUAAAUUAAAAGUCAUAAAACAGGCAAUGUAAAAGCUUUGAUUAAAAUGUAAUUAAAAAUAUCAAAGACAUAAUUAAGUAAAACUUAUGGAGGGAUCUGUAGAUGCUGUAAUUACCAGUGCAAAGUCAGUGUAGGGAAGGCAUUUUUGUGGAUCAAUGUAUUUUAAUCUCAUGCUUUCUCAAUGUGAAGGAAAUGUAAUGUUGUAAUGCACCAAUAAAACAACACAUGAAUGUGGGUUUGUACAUCUGUGCGUUAUCAUUUUUUAUCGUUAGUUUAAUUAAUAAACCACAGAAGGUAUUGCAAAAACCA